AUGUCAGCGAAUGAGAAAUCACCCCAGAGAUUUCCUGCCUUGAUUUCAGAAGAACCCAGCAGAUCAGCUGAGGGAUCUGUGUCAUUUGAGGAUGUGGCUGUGGAUUUCACCCAACAAGAGUGGCACAGACUGGACUCUACCCAGAGGAACAUGCACAAGGAUGUGAUGCUGGAGACCUACAGUCACUUGGCAUCUGUGGGCCUCUGCGUGGCCAAACCAGACAUGAUCUUUAAGUUGGAGAGGGGAGAAGAACUGUGGAUAUUAGAAGAGGAAUCUUCAGGCCGUGAUUACUCAGGACCUCUGUCUCUGCUAUGUGGCAACAGUUCAAUUGGGGGUAAUGCCCUUGUGCUGGAGAACAACAUUUUUCAGUAUCGGAGUAUUCAAACUUUGAAUCAAAAUGUUGAUUAUAACAGAUGUGAGGAAGACUUCCAUGAAGAAACAGGUUUUGUUCAACAUAAAAGGACUCAUACCAGAGAUAAAAACUUUGAAUGUUAUGAAUGUGGAAAAGUAUACUGCAGGAAAUCUAACCUUGUUGAACAUCUGAGAACACAUACAGGGGAGAGGCCCUAUGAGUGUGGUGAAUGUACAAAGACUUUCAGUGCAAGGUCAUACCUCAUUGCUCAUCAGAAAACUCACACGGGAGAAAAGCCCUUUGAAUGUCAUGAAUGUAGAAAAUCUUUUGGCAGGAAGUCACAACUCAUUCUACAUUGCAGAACACACACAGGAGAGAGACCCUAUGAAUGUACUGAAUGUGGGAAAACCUUUUCUGAGAAGGCAACCCUCACAAUCCACCAGAGAACCCACACUGGUGAGAGGCCUUAUAAAUGCAAUGAAUGUGGUAAGACAUUUCGUGUCAAGAUAUCUCUCACCCAGCACCUGAGAACUCACACAGGGGAGAAACCCUAUGAAUGUGGGGACUGUGGGAAAAACUUCCGAGCAAAGAAAUCCCUAAACCAACAUCAAAGAAUUCACACAGGUGAGAAACCCUAUGAGUGUGGACAAUGUGGGAAAUUCUUCCGAAUGAAAAUGACUCUAAAUAAUCAUCAAAGAACUCACACAGGUGAAAAACCCUAUCAUUGUAAUGAAUGUGGGAAAGCCUUCAGGGUACACUCAUCUCUGGGAAUCCAUCAGAGAAUCCAUACCGGAGAGAAGCCCUAUGAAUGUAAUAAAUGUGGAAAUGCUUUCUAUGUGAAAGCUCGUCUCAUUGAGCAUCAGCGUAUUCAUUCAGGAGAGAAACCCUAUGAAUGUAGUGACUGUGGGAAGAUCUUUAGCAUGAAGAAAUCCCUUCGUCAACACAAGAGGACUCACACUGGUGAGAAGCCUUAUGAAUGUAGUGAGUGUGGAAAUGCUUUUUAUGUGAAAGUGCGCCUCAUUGAGCAUCAGAGAAUUCACACAGGAGAGAGGCCUUUUGAAUGUCAGGAAUGUGGAAAGGGCUUCUGUCGGAAAGCCCACCUCACAGAACACCAGAGAACUCACUUGGGCCAAUCCUUGCUUUGUGCAUUGGAGAAAGCUUCUCCUUGAAGAGUCCCUCACUCCCAACACUGGGUCAAGCCCCUAGGGGCAUCUAAUCAAGCAGAACAUGCAAAGCACAUUUGCCACUGUGUGGUACUUAGACCGGUAUAAAAAUGUAUCUGAUCCCUUUAGGGAAUAGCUCAUUAUUGCUUGUUUUUUUUUGAGACACUUUGUAGCCCAGGCUGGCCUUGAACUUUUGCCAUAGUCUUCUGAGUGCUUUGACAACAGGUGGGCAAAACAGUCUGUCUGGCUUUUUUUCAUUUGUAUUUCUCAAUUUAGUGAUGAAGUUGAACAUAUUGUGUGAUGAUUAGCCAUUUAAAUAUUUUUUUAAAUCUGUACUGAUUGCUUAUAUCCUUUGUUCACUGUUUCCUAAUGAGAACUUUAUCUUUUACUCUCUGGUUUAAAUGUUGUUGUUGGUGUUGUUGUUUAACAUGUAAGCAUAUAAAGUCCUCAUUCAUGUGUUAAAAUAUCUUCUCUCAGAUU